UGUGUAAUUAUAUUUGUAUAAUGUAAGAUUAACAUUUAUCAAAGGUUCAGAAUAUGUAAAAAUACUAGAAAUUUGACAUUGUAAUACUUGUCAAAAUUAUUUUGAAGUAACAUGAACAAAAUUGGAAAUUCUACAAUUUCUCAUAAUUUUUUUCUUUUAAAUAAAUUUACAAAAAUGUAAUUGUUACAAGGAUGUCAUUUUCAGGAAAUAAAAUUAAGGUUAAACUUGGACAAACUACAGUUCUGAAAUUUAGAGAUAGUAUAGUUUUUUCCUGUUAAUUGAGAAGACAAACCAAAAUCAGGAAGUUGUAAGUUUCCUGUUCCUCUCUUUAUUAAAUAGUUUAUAAUUUAUUUUACAAACGUUUGUAACUAUGAAAAAGUUCCAACUCUUACAUUUAAUGAUGCUUUGUAUAAUUUCAAUUUUAAGUUUUACUUCAUUAGUAAAUGGUCAAUUUGAUACUAAUUUUAUUUUAAGAAGUUUAUAUGGAAGGUUAUCAGAUUCUAAGACUUCAUCAAUCAUUCAUUGUAUUACUAGUAAAGGUAAUCCAGGAAAAAUCACUUUUAGUAGAGAAUUGGAUACUGGACAGGGGAUAACACUUCCAAAAUACAAACAAGAGUUUAUACAAGGACCACCAUUGCUUGCAAGAGUUCUUUACAUGCCAGCUGAAGAACAAGCAAGUAAUUUUGGUGCAUUUCAAUGUCAUAUCACUAAUGGAGGUGUUGAUACUAUUGUAUCAACUUUAAAACUACCACCAUUAAGUAGAGUUGAAAUUGAUGCAGAAGAACCCUACAUAAGUGUAAAUGAAGGUGAUGAUGUAGAAUUAAAUAUGAUAAAAUAUGCCAAUCACAGUUUAGAUAUACUUUGGAUGCACAAUGAACAGGAAAUACCUGAAUGGCGAAAUCAACUUCAAGUGGAAAUUAAAAAUAUAAAAUAUUCUGAUAGGGGAAUAUAUGAAUGCUAUUUUGAUGGAAGAAGAAGCUUGGGUUUACAUGGAAUAUUGAGACUUAUUGUGAGAGCUUGUUCUUUUGGUAAAUUUGGAGCUUCAUGCAAUAAAGAUUGUCCACCAUGUUACAAUGGAGGAAUUUGUCAUGAUAUGUUAGGAGAAUGUGUAUGUCCUUCUGGUUUCAUUGGAGCAAAUUGUGAAACAGCUUGUGGAGCAAACUUUUUUGGAGCAAAUUGUGAUAAACAAUGUUUUGUACCUGCACAAGAUAGUGGAUGUGCUUCUCAUAUAUUUUGUAAGCCAGAUCCUUAUGGUUGUUCUUGUGCACCUGGAUUUAAAGGACUAUCUUGUGAAGAUUGUAAGUAAAAAUCAAGAAGACAUAAAUAAAACAUUACAAUAGUAAUUACAUAUUUAGCAUAGACUUGUAUGAUUUGAUGUUAAACUAGUAGGUAUAAAACUAAACUGUGUAAGCUAAGUAUAAUAAUUUGAAAUAUGAAAACUGUUCCAAAGUUAUUCAAAAACUCUUCCAUUUAACCACAGUACCUAAAUGUUUGAAAAUGAAAAUUGUACUGCAUUUUAAAGGUUUGAGUAGUAGUACUGUGGUUUAUGACAAGUGCAGUUUUCAGAG